CAAGAUAUUGCUCUAUCAAUUCGAAUUUUAAUUUGGAUAGAAGGCGUAUCCAGUGGCAUAUCCAUAACAUCUGUGAUUCAGGGCCACUUUCACCAAUUCUGGUUAAUUUAAUAAUUUGUUCACAAAUUUAACAACAAAUACGAUUGACGCAUUGCUAUAUAAAAAACAGACCCAUUGUCACGCGCCAUUGGAACGCGGAACCUGGAACAGGCAGACAGCUGAUCGUAACGAAACGCAGGAAUGCAGGAAUAUCGUGACGAUGGUGACGGGAAUUGACGGGAAUGUCGUAAUGGCGGAACGAGUGGAAGCUGUCAAAGUAUGUUGCGUCGACAUAGGUUGUGCUUCAUCACCAAUUUCUGUCGCAACACGAUGAUGAAUAAUCGCAGGCGGAGCAACUUCACGUACGUCAGCUCGUGCGUCAAGUACAUGAUCUUUAUGCUGAAUUUCGUUUUCUGGGUGAGCUAUUUGUUCUAGGACCGUCUUUCUAAAUCCUUUUCGUCACUUUUUCUCGUUUUACGCUACGCUGGCGGAGUUGUCUUCGUCGUUAGUUUUGCAGGAUGCGUAGGAGCUCUUCGUUGUAAAAACUACAUUGUCUUUCUUAAAUUUUAUUCGUUAUGUCUUUUGGUAUUUUUCCUUUUGGAGAUGGGUGUGGCAAUUGUUGGUUUUGUAUUCCCACAUACAUUGCAAUCUCUGUUGGAAGAAUCUUUCACGGACAAAAUAAUUCAAACAUACAGAGAAGAUCCAGAUCUGCAAAAUUUCAUUGAUUUUGGUCAACAAGAAUUUAAAUGUUGCGGCUUGAGUCAAGAGGGAUAUUUGGAUUGGGGGAAAAAUGAAUACUUCAACUGCACUAGCCCUAGUGUAGAGCGUUGCGGCGUACCGUUCUCUUGUUGCAUAAAUGCUACGGAUAUAUCUAGUGGGCUUGUAAAUAUUAUGUGCGGCUAUAAAGUUCAGAUGUUACCAGUGUCGGAAGCAAGUAAAAAGGUUUGGACCAGCGGAUGCAUCGAAAUCGUGCGUAGCUGGGCAGAACGUAAUCUGUAUACGAUAGCUGGUAUCGCUCUGGGUAUAGCGCUCAGCCAGCUCUUCGUGAUCUACCUCGCGAAAACAUUGGAGGGCCAGAUCGAGCUGCAGAAGUCCCGCUGGCAUUCCUGAGCUUGACUUCAGGCCACCUACCGUUACCAGAUACAUUCUCCGGCCAACAGGCAGGUGGCCAGUGGCGGGCGAUCGCGCGGAUCCCAAGACACAGAGACAAAUAUAAAUGCGCGAAUGGCAUUGCUCGUCCUCUUUGCGAUCUCUUUAUACAUACUGUGCAUUUUGUCCCUCAUCAAACUCGUCCUUUAUUUCAAGAAUUAUUUUCAUCUGUACGUGAGCAAAGGAUAAUACGCCACCGAUGAUCGACGAGUCCUUUUCAUACAUUAGAUUACGUUCGUGAUCGGAGAUCAAUAAAGAUCUUGCAUAGAGAUUAUGUACACACGUGAAUGCAAAAAUAGUGUCUCGUGCGUUUAUAAUCAGUGAUAAAAAUUCUUUUUAAUAUUACAGAAAACAUUUCUUGCUUAGUUAAUCGCAUUAUUCAACUGCUUUGCGCUUGACAUGGGAUGAGUCAUGUGUUAUGUGUCAUGCGAUCAUGUUUUUGUGAAUACUGCACGGGACACGAUUGUUGCAUUCGUCUGCAACAUGACUGAUAAAGUCAAAUGCACUAAAGACAAAAGUGAGAGAGAGAGAGAGAGAGACAUUUAUGAUAAAUUCUGUAAUAUGUAUUUCACAUUAAGCAUAUUACAUUGCGUUACAUUAAUCUAAUGUAAAAAAAAUUGUUAGUUUAGAAGUUUACAAUUGUGUAACAUCUCAAGCAUUAUAUUUUCUAAACCAA